AUGUCUUCCCAACCACAGCAGAAGAAGAGCACGCCAGCCAGCAAGGUAUCGGCCAAGAAGGGCCAGAAGGUGACGAAGAAGUUCAUCAUCAACGCCAGCCAGCCGACGCAAGACCGCAUCUUCGACCCCUCGGCCUUCGCCACCUUCCUGCAGCAGCGCAUCAAAGUCGACGGCCGCACGGGCAACCUCGGCGACAACAUCACCGUCAGCAACCUCAACGACGGGCGCAUCGAGGUCGUGGCGCACCAGGAGUUCUCCGGCCGCUACCUCAAGUACCUCACCAAGAAGUUCCUCAAGAAGCAGCAGCUGCGCGACUGGCUGCGCGUCGUCAGCACGAGCAAGGGCGAGUACACGCUUAAGUUCUUCAAUGUUGUUGGCGAGGAGGGCGAGGAGGAUGAUGAUUAG